CCUGUGGGCGCCCGUUCCGGGCUCGGGCUCCACCGGGCUCUGACUGGGAGCAGCCGGCGGGUGACCCGCGUUGCAGCUGCGCGGCCUUCCGGCGGCGGGGCCGGUACGGCAGCCCCUCGGGAACGGCCUCUUGGCCCGUCGCCCCCAGGCGCUGCGCGGACAGCCGUGCGGCGUUCUCCUGUUGGGCCAGACGGCCGCACCGCCUCCGCUGCCCGCGCCGUUCGCCCCUUGCCCCGCGGGCACGGCCGGCCUGCUGUCAGCCCCGCCAGCUCGGACACGGGAGCGGCCGCUCUCCGUGUGCGCCGUCCGUGCAGCUGUUUCACCGGUUGGUUGGACUCGCAAGGCUUGAAGGGUGUGAUGAAACGGGGUAGCUACUGCUUGGGCAGGAAUGUCAUGCUUUUAAACAAGAGAUAAACCUGCUGAAUAGCCAGAGCUAGACCCAACAACCGACUGAUGGAGGUGUUCAGCAAAAUGGGUUGAGUGCAGAACUACCUUAUUCCAUUUUGUCCUUGCCCUGUCUUCGCUUUUGCUUCAGAGAGAACUGUAUCUAAAUGGGUUUGUUAAGUUGGCAAAGAAGAACAGACAACCUAUGGUGGAAUUCUGUUUUCAUCAUGUUGUCUCACCAGUGCUGGAUGAGCUGAAACUUCCUGCAUCUUGGGGAGAGCAUGUAUAAAAGGAAUGACCUCAUGGCCAAUGUGAUGGUCACCUCUGCCACUCCAGAGGGUAGUAGCAGCUCAGAUUCUCUGGAAGGGCGAAGUUCAGAUUAUGCCAAUAAAAGCUACGAUGCAGUUGUAUUUGAUGUGUUGAAAGUAACUCCUGAGGAGUUUGCUAGCCAGAUUACAUUGAUGGAUACACCAGUAUUUAAAGCUAUACAGCCUGAGGAACUAGCCAGCUGUGGAUGGAAUAAGAAAGAAAAACAUAUCCUCGCUCCAAAUAUUGUUGCCUUUACUAGGAGGUUUAACCAGGUCAGUUUUUGGGUUGUACGAGAAAUAUUAACAGCACAGACCUUAAAAAUAAGGGCAGAAAUAUUGAGCCAUUUUGUGAAAAUAGCUAAAAAACUUCUAGAACUGAAUAACCUUCAUUCUCUUAUGUCCGUGGUGUCAGCACUGCAAAGUGCGCCUAUCUUCAGACUGACCAAAACCUGGGCUCUUUUGAAUCGCAAAGACAAGACCACCUUUGAGAAGUUAGACUAUUUACUGUCUAAGGAAGAUAAUUAUAAAAGGACACGAGAGUACAUCAGAAGCUUAAAAAUGGUUCCUACUAUUCCAUAUUUAGGAAUUUACCUCUUGGAUUUAAUCUACAUUGAUUCUGCAUAUCCCGCUUCAGGCAGCAUUAUGGAGAAUGAACAAAGAUCCAACCAAAUGAACAAUAUUCUCCGAAUAAUCGCUGAUCUGCAAGUCUCCUGUAACUAUGAUCAUCUUACAACACUGCCCCAUGUGCAAAAGUAUUUGAAGUCCGUCCGCUACAUUGAAGAACUUCAGAAGUUUGUAGAGGAUGACAAUUAUAAAUUAUCAUUAAGAAUUGAGCCAGGUAACAGCUCUCCUCGACUGGUUUCCUCCAAAGAAGAUCUUGCAGGUCCAUCUGACGUUUCAGCAAUUAUGAAAUUCAGCAGGAGACCCACGUGUCCUGAUGCCUCAGUAGCAGCAAGUCUACCUACACCUCCUGUACCAAGGCACAGGAAGAGUCACAGCCUGGGAAACAACAUGAUGUGUCAGCUCAGUGUAGUGGAGAGCAAAAGCGCCACCUUCCCGACGGAGAAGCCGCGCCACCUCCUGGAUGACAGCGUCCUGGAGUCGCACAGCCCAGCCCGCGGCCACGCGCUGAACUCGCUUUUCACCAAUGGCCUUUCCAUAGAUAGCAGUGAAAGCUCAGAAUUUAGUGAGGAGCUGCCAUCAGGGCUUGAAAGGGGUCGUUUGUAUGCCACGCUGGGGCCUAACUGGAGGGUACCGAUCCGGAAUUCUCCUAGGAGUCGAAGCUGUGUCUACAGCCCAACAGGGGCCUACAGCUGUACAUUAGGUAGCUCCACAGGAGUCAUUACCAUGGAAGGGCCAUUAAGAAGAAAAACGUUGCUCAAAGAAGGCAAGAAACCUACUCUCUCCUCGUGGACUAGAUACUGGGUUAUCCUUUCAGGAGCAACUCUUCUGUACUUUGGAGCAAAAUCUUUAAGAGGCACUGAAAGAAAACACUAUAAAUCUACACCCGGUAAAAAAGUCUCCAUUGUGGGCUGGAUGGUGGCACUGCCUGAUGACCCUGAGCAUCCUGAUAUUUUCCAGCUAAAUAACCCUGACAAAGGCAAUGUUUACAAGUUCCAGACUGGUUCAAGAUUUCAUGCAAUAUUAUGGCAUAAGCAUUUGGAUGAUGCAUGCAAAAGCAACAAGCCUCAGGUAAGGUUGCGAAACUUAUUUCUAUCCACUUUUUCGUAUUUUCCAGAAAAUCCUUACUAGAAAAGAUACCUCUUUUCAAUCCGUGUGCACACACAGGCCUGUGCGGACUCCUCAUUUUGUACAUUGAUGCAAUUUUUCAAUAGGAGGAAUAAAAAUUAUUUAAAAUUAGAGAAUUCCUACCAAAUCAGGAUUUGCACAGGACUAGCUAUAGGCUUGGUUCCCUUAACAGGAUAUAACCUCAACACUCACUGCUUCAAGUGAGGUAGCCCCAUCUUUACUUCAGAAGGGGCUUUCUCAUGCACAAAGAAAGCAAAUGUGCUAGCGUUACUCCAGUGACUGGGUCUGUAAGGUCCGUUGACGAGAGAGUCCUAUGAAAUGCUAUGUUUCUCCUUUUUAUAGCAGUCUCCUUCUUCUCUUGAGGAAAGUGUUCAUUUUUAAAAGGAUUUCCAAAGGUAUUAAUAGGAUACUGAUCCAUAUAGGACCUAAACCAGGAUGCAACUCAAGAAUCUUCUUUACACACACACGUUCCCUCCCCUUCCCCUCCACUUGCCAUGCAUACUGGUGACUUCUUAGAAUACUUUGGCUGGGUUUAGUCCAUGAAUAGAAAAACAAUUUGAGUCUUUAUCUUUUCUUUCAUUUAUGGAGUUAGCCCUCUUUUGGGCCUGUUUGGGACUGAUUACACUUUGACAUCGGAUAAUAAAUUGUUAGUCCCUCUAUUUUGUAACCUUGCAGUUUCCCAAUGCCAUAAUAGGCUCUGGAGCAUUAUACUGCUGAAUAAUUUACAUUCUCUUACAGGUACCUGCUAAUCUAAUGUCAUUUGAAUAAUUUGCUCUCCUGCCUGGUGCGACUUCAAGUGCCAAACUGAAGAAACAGGCUAUUGUUCUCUAAGGAGGAAGAGGAGAAUGGUUUUCCUGACAUGAGCCAGCCAGAAAUAUUUCAGCACUUUCCUAUGUAACUUGAAAGUGAUUCUGACACAGCUUUUAAAAGCAGAAAGUGAAUGUUGUCCUUAGGACCAGAUAUAGUAUCAUGCCCUGUGUGAAAGCAGACAAGUUAGAUGGACAGAAGAUUAAUGCAGGAUUCUAGAGCCCUCAACUUUUUGUGGUCAGAGACUGCCAUGAACUGAUGUUUGACCACAAACUGAGCAUCAUAUCUUCUGCCUAUUCUUUUUUAAACGGUUCUUUUUAUUGUUAAGCUGCUUUGUGUGACUGAAUAAUAUUUGGCCCAUGUUGGGUUUCAAUUCUUUCUAAUGCACAGAAUGAUUGACAGUGUUAUCUUGCUGCAAAGUGUCAAUUAGAAUAGAAAAUUGUGGAACAACAUUUUUAUAAUCUAAGUGCACUGAGUUGCUUGGCAAUGUGGCUGCCUCAGAUUUUGUAUCAAAUCUCUGGACAAUUCUGCUGUUCACAUUUGAGCUGUUUGGGAAAAAUGUAUUUUGGCACAGGACAGUUGGUUUUCUUUUCAUUCGGUUAUGUUACUCAGGAAUGCCCUGACAAUGGAUUUAAGGCUGUUAAAAUUUAUGUUAUGCUAAAGGUUGUCUUUCAUGCUCUUACUAGUGGCAUAGUUGCUUACAAGUUUGGGUUUCUUCUUCAGUCUGAAUGUUGUUCAUCUUAAAUCCCUUGGUAUAAGGAAGCAGGAAAUCAGGUGUUAUGUAUCCCAUGGCUCCUCGGAGUGAUUCCGUGUAAUUGUUUGUUCUGUCUUUCUGUGGAUGACUCAGCUCCACUCAAUCCCAGUACAUGAUGCACCUUAAUGACACCCAGUACUGGCACAUGGCACUGCUAUUAUGAAAUCAUUAUGGCAAUGAAAGCUAGGCGAGACUGACUGACAGUGGAGCAAGUACAAAGAAGCUUCCACACCAGUGUCAAGAGGAAAAAAAAAUAAAAAAAAUAAAGAGAACGUAAAUGAGCAUUCUCCUCUGAAAGAACUCUAUCCACAUCCAUAGCUGUAUCCCUGCUGUGCCCUAAUACUGCUGUGAUCAGAGGGGUUUUUUCUGUUCCCAUGUGAAGUUCGGCACUUUUUCUGUUUGAAACUCUUUUGCCAUAAGGCAUCAGUGUUUGGACUUCAUUAAUUACCAGAAAACCUCUUCCGAGUUUCCUAAGAUUGCGUAGAGGAGAAAUUUGCAAGCCAGCCUCUAGCUUACAACCCAUGAAAAAAAAAUGGAAGUCAGUUUAGUUGAACAGAGCCUAUACUAGAACAAGCCGUCUGGCAUCAGGAAAAUUUAUUCGGUGAACUUGUAUGAUUUUCUACGUUUUUAUUUUUAAACUUCUGUAACAACAACAACAACAAUACCUGUACUGUUAAAUGUAGGUCAACUGUAACUUUUGUGUUAUUCUAAGCAUUCAUGUUACAGUCCUGAGGAUGAAGCCUAACGCGUACCAGCUUUUCAAGAAAACCAGUUCCUGACAACGACUGCAUUUAGAUCCUGGGACGUGUGAAAGUGUCUAUAAAGUUGACAAAGUUUCUUUGAUAGCUCAGGAGCUGUGUGAAAAGAAUCGUAAUGCAAAAUAUAUUUCUACCUUUUUUUCUCCUUUUUUGCUAAAUUAAGACAACUUCGAACUAGGAAAAACAUCAGUAUCUGCGAGGGCAGAGAAUCCAAAGCCACUAGAGACAGGGUAGGAGCUUUUGAAUGUGGUAAAAUCCUGUCACCAGUAAAUGACUUCAGACCGUGUUAGAAUAUGAUAUAAUCUGAAUUAUUCUGCACCUGUGGACUUUUGUGAUUAGUUAUCAAUGAGAUUAUUCAUGAAGAUGCAAGUGUUACGUGGACUGCCAUUUUAAUGAAUGUGCCACCUGUGACCAUGUGUAUUGUGUGAUGUUAGCAUUCAUAGGGGUUGAACCAUGUGCAGAACAGUGACCAAAGUGAUGACACACUAACCAAAACAGAACUGUUCAAGUCAAGAGGGUUUUUUAAAGUGACUUUAUUAGUAGCCCUUUCCCCUUGAAAGGUAAUAACCUGAUGGGUCUUAAAUAUAAGCUAAAUUUAAAAUGGAAUAUUUAUUGGCAUGAAAUGUAGACACAUUAGAAGCACGUAAAUAUCUACUGAUUUCUAGUGUGAUGGAGCGGAAGUGAACGCCAGUGAGGACUCAUGACAUUUUUUCCAGCAUAUUGCAAUUGAGAUAAACUAAUGGCUGUUGUAACAACUUUCAGUUAUGUUUAACAAGCCUCCCUUGGAAAGAACAAUAAGUGCUGACUGAUACAGUAGCAAUAGAAUGAGCCUGUACACACUCAGAAUUUAAUGGCUUUUAGAAUUUAAGGGUCUCUAAAGUGUUAUAUAUGUUAUUGUAUGUACAAGAGGUAGAGUGUUCUAGCCUUCAAAAGUAUACUUUUAUUCAAAAUUACAAGCUAUAGAGCCUGUUGAGGAAGUUACAAAAGGGUCCGUUUUCACUUGUUUGUAAAACAGAUUCCCAACUAGAAAGGAAGCAUCUUUGCCAGAAACUGUGAUGUGCCCCAAAACAGUGUGGCAUGAAUGAAAAGCAAUAUUUCUGAAUGAUUCUUAUACCCAGUCAUUUGUCACUGACAGAAGAUGAAUCUGUGGAGAAAUUAAACCUUUCAAUCCUACUCAAUCCUCAAACUCAAAUCCUACUGAAAACCUUGGAAUUUGGUAAUAUGUUAAAAGUAACUUGAACUCCCUCGCACUACUACGAUUUGAAUGUAAAAAAGCAUUAUAUAGAAGAAAAAUGAACAUAGCAAAUAAUAGUUUUGCACAAGUCAGGUAAGCAUCUGUUCAGUAUAGCACAAUUGUGAAAUUGCUGCACAAUAUAAAAAAAAUUUAGAAUGCUGGCAGUGUAAGAAUAUUAUUAAAAUAUCUUAAACUGAUUUUAUAAAUGAGUUUUUAAGUAUUAAACAGUUUGUAGUUGCUGAUUUGAGUUUUUAUGCUGUCAUUUGGUACCAUUUGCUGUCAUCUGGUACUUUUAAGGUGAAUUGAAAGCUGAUAUUGAAAUGCCACAUAUUGCGUAUCAGUACUGAUUAAUACAGCAUUUUCACAAAAAUAUCACAAACCAUACAAGUUUUCGUCCAUCAAAGAGAGUAACUGCAAUAGUUGUGCAAAAAUAAACUAUCUCAGAAUUACUAUUUUCAGAAUUGUGAAGAUAUAAAAUGUAUGUAGGCAAUAUUAUCAAUUUACUAAUGUGCAAUUUUGAUGUAAUUCAGUGCCAAAAUGCAUGUUUUUCCAAAUAGCACUAAAACGAGGCAAAGAAAGUAGUUUUCAAAUUGCAACUUAUUUGUCACAUAAUGUAAAUUAAUUUCAACAUUUUGGUUUGUUUUGUGUGAAAACUGUUGCACUAUUUUUGGCUGUAUUUUUCCAGCAGUCCACUGCAUGCAAUUUGUGUAAGGAUUCUUUCUAUAAUUCUUGUGAACUGUCUUACCCAUAAUAACCCUGGCGUUGGAAUCUAGGUUUUUGGCAAAGUAUUUUGUUACCUCAGUCUUGUAUCAAGUUGCUGUAUUUUUCAGUUUGUUACAUUGAUAAUGAUUGUUUUGCUAAUUAAAUACUUUCAUGUAAAAAAAAGUUUUACUUCAACAGCAGUUGCAUUUGGUUGUAAGUUUUAAAAUGUGCAGAAUAUGUAUGCUGUUAACAAUAAAAUAUUCUGAAAAAGAAUAGUAGAGGUAUAGAAGGAACAUUUUAGCUCAAAGGCAGC